AUGGGUGGACGGAGCAGGACGGCCCUUCUGUGUCUGUGGGCUUGCUUGCUGGGGACCAACAGCGUGCUGAGUGCGAAAAGCGCUGGGACGAACGGCAUGACAGAUGAACAGAAAGAUAACACUACAGUGUUCACCAAGAUCUUAGACAGCCUUCUGGAUGGCUAUGACAAUCGCCUCAGGCCAGGACUAGGAGAGCGUGUAACCGAAGUCAAGACUGACAUUUUCGUGACUAGCAUUGGGCCAGUUUCGGACCACGACAUGGAGUACACCAUCGAUGUCUUCUUCAGACAGAGCUGGAAGGAUGAGAGAUUAAAGUUCACAGGCCCCAUGGCCGUGCUGCGUCUCAACAACCUGAUGGCCAGCAAGAUCUGGACCCCCGAUACCUUCUUCCACAAUGGCAAGAAGUCGGUGGCGCACAACAUGACCAUGCCAAACAAGCUGCUGCGAAUCACAGAGGAGGGCACGCUGCUGUACACCAUGAGGCUUACAGUCAGGGCCGAGUGUCCCAUGCACCUGGAGGACUUCCCGAUGGAUGCCCAUGCUUGUCCACUGAAGUUUGGCAGCUACGCCUACACUCGAGCAGAGGUGGUGUACGUGUGGACCAGAGGAGCUGCCCAGUCUGUGGUGGUGGCAGAGGACGGGUCCAGGUUAAACCAGUACGAUCUGAUGGGACAGAGUGUGGAUUCUGGUGUGGUGCUGUCCAGCACGGGAGAGUACGUCGUGAUGACAACCCACUUCCACCUGAAGAGGAAAAUUGGUUACUUUGUGAUCCAAACAUAUCUGCCCUGCAUCAUGACUGUCAUCCUCUCCCAAGUGUCGUUCUGGCUCAACAGAGAGUCCGUCCCUGCCAGGACUGUCUUUGGAGUGACCACUGUCCUGACCAUGACCACACUCAGUAUCAGUGCCAGGAACUCUCUCCCUAAAGUGGCCUACGCCACAGCUAUGGAUUGGUUCAUCGCUGUCUGCUAUGCAUUCGUCUUCUCGGCCCUCAUCGAGUUUGCCACAGUCAACUACUUCACCAAGAGGGGUUACGCCUGGGAUGGAAAGAGUGUGGUACCAGAGAAGCAAAAGAAGAAGAAGGAGUCCCUCCUGAAGAAGAACAACACCACAGCCUACCCAGCUGCCACUGCUACAGCCUUCGCGCCCAAUAUUGCCAGGGACCCUGGAUUGGCCACUAUUGCCAAAAGCGCACCGGCGCCCCCAUCCUCCGAGCCCAAGGAGGAGCCAAAGCCCAAAGCUCCAGAGGCCAAGAAAACCUUUAACAGUGUGAGCAAGAUAGACAGGAUUGCCAGAAUAGCCUUCCCAUUACUCUUUGGAACCUUUAACUUGGUCUACUGGGCAACUUACUUGAAUAAGAAGCCCAAACUGCAGGGAAUGCAUCCAGACUAA